AUGCGACAAGACGAAGAAAAUUCCGAGGAAGAAUUCGUUGAGAUUGAUCCAACUGGUCGCUAUGGCCGAUAUAAUGAUGUUCUAGGCAAAGGAGCUUUCAAGCAAGUAUACAGAGCAUUUGAUCAACUCGAAGGAAUCGAAGUAGCUUGGAACCAAGUUAAGGUAGACGACAAACUCUGUAGCUCGGAUGAUUUGGAGCGUCUUUACUCUGAAGUUCACUUACUCAAAACCCUUAAACACAAAAGCAUCAUCAAAUUCUACACUUCUUGGAUCGAUCACCAACACAUGACUAUCAAUCUCAUCACAGAAUUCUUCACUUCCGGAAAUCUCAGACAGUAUAGGAAGAAGCAUAAGUGUGUUGAUUUAAGAGCAUUGAAGAAAUGGUCAAGGCAGAUUUUAGAGGGGCUUGUUUAUCUUCAUAGUCAUGAUCCUCCUGUGAUCCAUAGAGAUCUAAAAUGUGAUAACAUUUUCAUUAAUGGAAACCAAGGCGAGGUCAAAAUUGGAGAUCUCGGGUUAGCUGCAAUUUUGCACCGAGCUCGCUCAGCUCAUAGCGUUAUCGGAACUCCUGAAUUUAUGGCCCCGGAACUCUAUGAAGAGGACUAUAAUGUACUCGUCGAUAUAUACGCAUUUGGAAUGUGUUUGCUUGAGCUUGUAACUUUCGAAUACCCUUAUGUCGAAUGCAGGAAUGCCGCUCAGAUUUAUAAGAAAGUUACAUCGGGAAUAAAACCGGCCUCACUUGCGAGUGUGACAGAUCCGCAAGUGAGAAGAUUCAUAGAGAAGUGCAUAGCAAAGGUCUCGGAGCGCUUGUCGGCCAAGGAACUACUUGAUGAUCCCUUUCUGAAAUGCUACAAUGAAAAGACCGAAAUAGUCACAUCUCACAAAGAGAAUGGCUGCAAUGGAAGAGGAGUCGAAGAUCAUCUCUCGGAUUCUGCGGUAGGUCUAUUAACCGUAGAAGGACAACGUAAAGACCUCAAUACAAUCUUCCUAAAACUACGUAUCACCAACUCCAAAGGUCAAAUCCGUAACAUCCAUUUCCCAUUUAACAUAGAGACAGACACAUCUUUCUCAGUCGCUAUCGAAAUGGUCGAGGAAUUAGACUUAACCGAUGAUCAAGACAUCUCAACAAUAGCUAAAAUGAUAGACCAAGAGAUACAUUCACACAUUCCCGAUUGGAACCCUUCUCAUCUCAAUGGAGAUGAGUAUUCAGAUAUCCAAAAGUGUUUGUCUCCUGAAACCCUGCAUUUAGAUAGAUUUCCUUCAGGGAGAAAAUUCUGGUCCUCUCCUAAGGCUGAAGCUGGAGGAGCUUCACGUUCACCGUUCGCGCCACGAUCUAACUCUAAGCUGUCUUUUUCAUCACAAGGACCGGUCAAUGAUCAAGAGGUUGGGAUUCUAGUUGAAAAACUCGAGUCUUUGUUGAGGAAACAGAGAGAAGAGAUUGAAGAGAUGCAGAGAGAUCAAGAACGUAUUGUUUCUGAGUUUUUAAAAGAGUUUCCUCCUGAGAUAUGUGAAGAGGCUUUGGUGAGAUUGCAAUUAAAAAAUUCAGACAGUUUAUCAUGUUAA